UUUCCGACGUCCGCCAUUUUCUUUUCAUCGAGAGCUGCAGCGUCCUAUACAUCAGAAAAUAAACCAUGGGUGAUGAUGAUGGCUGUGUGGUACGUUUGAGGGGCCUCCCUUGGUCAGCAACAGCUGCAGAAGUCCUGAAGUUCUUUGGAGAUGAUGUGGCAGUUGUUGGAGGUGAGAAUGGAGUUAAUUUCACCUUCUCCAGGGAAGGCAGACCAAGUGGAGAGGCUUUUGUGCAAAUGGUUGAUGAAGCAAAUGUACAGAAAUCACUGGAAAAGCACAAUCAGCACAUGGGAAACAGAUAUAUUGAAGUUUUUAGAUCCAAAACAAGUGAGAUGGAUUGGGUCAUAAAGCGAGCAGGGCAAGGACAAAUGUCUGGUUCAAACGAGGCUGUUGUUAGACUGCGUGGACUUCCUUUUGGAUGCUCUAAAGAAGAAAUUGCACAAUUUUUCACAGGGUUGGAGAUUGUACCCAAUGGGAUAAUGCUACCUGAGGAUCAACAGGGGAGAAGCACGGGGGAGGCCUAUGUCCAGUUUGCUGAACCAGACAUAGCGGAAAGGGCUUUGCUCAAACACAAGGAACGAUUGGGGCACAGAUACAUAGAAAUAUUCAAAAGCAGCAUGCAGGAGGCUUACCAAGCAGUUGGACAACCCCGUAUGAUUCGUCCCUUGAUGAACUCCGGAAUGCAACAGAGACGUGGGCCCUAUGAUCGGAAUAACCGAGGCUUUGGAAUGGGCGGUGGAGGAGGUGGUGGCGGUGGAAUGGGAAUGGGAGGUGGCAUGGGAGGUUAUGGAAUGGGAAGAGGAGGUCGUAAUGUCAAAGGAUUCUUUGAAGAUGACUUUGAUGACUACAGUGGUGGUUACGGUAUGAGACAGGGAUUUGGUGGUAUGGGUAACAGACGAGGAGGUGGUGGUGGUGGGGGCGGAGGAGGAAUGGGUGGCAUGAGACAACAACCUCAAAGAGGAGGACGUAUGGGAGGAGGCAUGCAGCAAUUAUCCAUGAACAACAGACCAAGAGGAACAACACCUGGAAGCUCAUAUGCCAGCAAAUCUGGUCACUCUGUACACAUGAGGGGACUGCCAUUCCAAGCUCUUGAAAAUGACAUCGCAGAAUUUUUUAAGCCACUUAAACCAAUUUCCAUAGAGUUUGAGUUUUCUGCCAAUGGUCGACCAACAGGAGAAGCUAAUGUAGACUUUGCUGAUCACCAAGAAGCUGUUGAUGCUAUGAAGAACCACAAGAAAAACAUGCAUCACAGAUACAUAGAACUUUUCCUGAACUCCACACCAUCAGGACGUACAAACUACGGCUCUGGGGGAGGAUUUGGAGGAGGCAUGGGCAACAACAUGGGUGGAGGAAACAUGGGUGGAAACAUGGGCGGAGGAAACAUGGGCGGUGGCAACAUGGGAGGAGGAAACAUGGGAGGUGGAAAUAUGGGAGGUGGAAACAUGGGAGGUGGAAAUAUGGGUAACAUGGGAGGAGGCGGAUACGAUGGUGAUGGCUAUGGAGGUGGUUAUGAUGGAGGAAACAUGUCCAACAACUUCAUGGGAAAUGAUGGAGGCUAUGGUGGUGGCAACAUGGGAGGUGGCAACAUGGGAGGAGGAAUGGGAAUGGGCAGUGGUAUGGGAGGGGGUAUGGGAGGAAACAACAUGGGCGGUGGCAUGGGAGGAGGAAUGAACAACAACCUGAUGGGAAAUCCCAACUACACAGCUUUCUAAAUGUUAUCUCACAAACAAAAGACUCUACUGAUCUGAAAGUUACCAUCGGACUUACUGACAAAUGUAUGAAGAUCAGUUAUCUCUUAAGAAAUGUCUUAUUUUUGUAUAAGUUUUGAUGUUCAUAUAUAUUCUUAUUGGUGUCAUACUCUAAGUGAACUAGUGUUGUUAUUGUUUGUUUUUCAAUUACCAGGUAUCAUCAUGAAUUAAUCUCUUGUCAUAAUUGUCAUCAAUCACAGUGUAAUAAACAUACAUAAAACUUGAAA